AUGACCCAUCGUUAUAAGAACGGAUUAAACAACAAAAUUGAACAAGAACAACAAAAUUCAUUCAAACAGCAUCCCCCUAACCCAUCAAAUCCCCCAAAUCCUUCAAUUCCUCCCCACAAAUCAACCUCUCCUCUAUUCAAUUACCCUCCCCUGCCAAAAUGGGAAAUGAGAAUAUGUUGGCUAAUAAGCUUCGGAACGGUCGCUUAUGCCUGGUUUUGUGUUUGGCUAGCCAGUUCAAAAUGGGAAUUUAAAAUAGGCAGAUCACAAGCUUCAAUCAGCAAUUUGCCCUUUUUCGGGAUGAAAAUAAAAGACGAAUCUAAUUGGGAAUGGUUUAGGUGGAGCCCUUUCGCUACUAGCCAAUACUUGCCUCUACUUGUUGGACAUUCUAUUUUGUUCAAUUUUCUUCCGGUUUUCUUUCCGGAAAGAAUUUGGAAUAAAAUUUAUUUGGUGCUGUCGAUGGCUGGGUCUGCGUGGGUGUUUACUCCGAGACUGCUACUUGCGUCGCUUAUGCAGGGCUUUCUUAUUUUGGGGUUUACUCUUUAUUUCAGGUAUGGUUAG